AUGCUGCACACACAGAUCUCAGUUCAGUUUUCAUACACUCUCUGUGUGUCUCUGUGUGUCUCUGUGUCUCUCUGUCUCUCUGUCUCUGUGUCUCUCUCAGCGGGAUGUCCGAGCCCAGCGGGAUCUUGAUAAAAGGGGGCCAAGUGGUGAACGACGACUGCUCCGUGAUCUCCGACGUCUACAUGGAGAACGGGAAGAUCGUCGAGGUCGGGCUGGACCUCCGGAUCCCCGGCGGCGCGCGCGUCAUCGACGCCACCGACAAGCUGGUGAUGCCGGGCGGCAUCGACACGCACACGCACAUGGAGCUGGAGUUCAUGGGCACCAGGGCCGUGGACGACUUUUACAUCGGAACCAAGGCGGCCCUGGCAGGAGGGACAACGAUGAUCCUGGACUUUGUCAUCCCCGAAAAGGGCAAGUCUCUCCUGGAGGCCUACGACUGCUGGCGGAGCAAAGCUGAUCCCAAAGUUUGCUGCGACUACUCGCUGCAUGUCGCCGUCACAUGGUGGAGCGACCAGGUCAAAAAAGAGAUGCAGACGCUCGCUGAAGAGAAGGGCGUCAAUUCCUUUAAGAUGUUCAUGGCCUACAAAGACGUGUUCAUGCUGAAGGACUCCGAGCUGUACGCCGCCUUCUCCCACUGUAAGGAGGCCGGAGCCAUAGCCCAGGUGCACGCCGAGAACGGAGACCUGAUUGCAGAGGGGGCGAAGAAGAUGCUGUCUCUGGGCAUCACGGGGCCAGAGGGCCACGAGCUGUGUCGGCCGGAGGAGGUGGAGGCCGAGGCCACCCAGCGCGCCAUCACCAUCGCUCACGCCGUCAACUGCCCGCUCUAUGUGGUCCAUGUCAUGAGCAAGUCUGCCGCCAAGGUGGUGUCCAAUGCUCGCAGAGAUGGGCGCGUGGUGUUCGGGGAGCCCAUCGCAGCCGCACUGGGCACCGACGGCACUCACUGCUGGCACAAAGACUGGGCCCAUGCUGCUGGCUUCGUCAUGGGCCCCCCCCUCCGACCUGACCCCAGCACCCCGGGGUACCUCAUGGACCUACUGGCCAACGACGAUCUCAGUUUGACCGGGACGGACAACUGCACCUUCUCCGUGUGCCAGAAGGCCCUCGGCAAAGACAACUUCACCAAGAUCCCCAACGGAGUGAACGGCGUGGAGGACAGGAUGUCUGUGAUCUGGGAGAAAGGAGUGCACAGCGGAAAAAUGGAUGAGAAUCGAUUUGUAGCCGUCACCAGCAGCAACGCGGCCAAAAUCUUCAACUUCUACCCGCAGAAAGGCCGCAUCGCCAGGAACUCUGAUGCCGACGUGGUUAUAUGGGACCCAAAGAUGACCCGGAGGAUAUCAGCUAAGACCCACCACCAGGCCGUGGACUACAACAUCUUCGAGGGCAUGGAGUGCCACGGCGUCCCCGUCGUCACCAUCUCGAGGGGCAAAGUGGUCUAUGAGGAGGGACGGCUGACGGUGCCUGCGGGACACGGACGAUUCAUCCACAGGAAGCCCUUCUCUGAGUAUGUGUACAAGAGAAUCAGGCAAAGGGAUCAGGUGGGGAAACCGACCGCUGUGGAGAGAAAGCCCUAUGAAGGCAAAGUCAUUUCUGUAUGAACAUCUGGCCCAGAACAUGAAAGACGUACAUUAUUCAGUGCAGUAAAGGCGGCGGCGUCAACAUUAAGGUCAAUGUUCUGUUGGCAGACAACACCUCCGUUAAAUUUGUUCCACUGUGAGAUUUGGUGGUCAGCUGUGCUGCUGUGUGUGCAUGAAAAUACAUUACGCAUUAAGUAAUUCAAUGCAAGGAAGGAAAAUAGGGCUUAUGCAUGAUUUCAUGUCUAAAAUGUGUGUGUUUGAUUUGAAAAGAGAAUCUUUCAUCCCUUAAAAGUUUGUGCAUAACUUGUUAUAAAAUAAUAAAAAAUACUAUCUUAGUUGUAAA